AUGGCCGAGGAGAUGGUUUACCUCCACGGCGACCUUGACCUGAAGAUCAUCGAUGCCCGCAGCCUGCCCAACAUGGACAUCCUCACGGAGCGCCUCCGUCGCCUGUUCGCCACCUGCCACCAGCCCUGCGCCCCGACAAAGCGCCGCAAGCACCACAACAACAUCAUCACCAGCGACCCCUACGUCACCGUCUGCCUCUCCGGCGCCCGUGUCGCCCGCACCCGCGUCAUAUCCAAUUCCCAGAACCCCGUUUGGAACGAGCAUUUCAAAAUCCCCUUAGCUCACCCUGUUACACAGGUGGAGUUGGAGGUGAAGGAUAAUGACAUGUUUGGAGCCGACCUAAUCGGCGUGGCGGCAAUGCCAGCGAAGAAGAUCGCAUCCGGUGAGCUGAUCGACGAGUGGGUGACGGUGGUGGGCCCGUGCGGGAAGCCUCACAAGCCCGACACGGCCAUCCACCUCCAGAUGACCUUCACCCCGUGCGGAGCCAAUCCCAAGUACCGCAAGGGGUUCUCGGAGGAUUACUCCCUGAGAGAGAGCUAUUUCCCGCUGCGGCGCGGAUGCAGGGUUACUCUGUACCAAGACGCGCACGUGCCGGAUGGGAUGCUGCCGGAGAUCGAGCUGGACGGUAAAGGGAAGAGGUUCGAGCACGACAAGUGCUGGGAGGAGAUAUGCCAUGCGAUCUUGGAAGCUCACCACCUUGUGUACGUCACGGGUUGGUCUAUAUACCAUAAAGUGAGGCUUGUGAGGGAGCCGACGAGGCCCUUGCCGAGAGGGGAGAAUAUGAACUUAGGGGAGCUGUUGAAGUACAAAUCCGAGGAAGGGGUGAGGGUGUUGCUGCUCGUGUGGGACGAUAAGACCUCCCACAAUAAGUUCUUCAUUAACACGGAAGGAGUCAUGGCGACUCAUGAUGAGGAAACGAAGAAAUUUUUCAAGAACUCGUCCGUUACGUGCGUGUUGUCCCCGCGUUACGCAAGCACCAAACUCAGCAUUUUCAAGCAACAGGUAGUGGGAACCCUGUAUACCCACCACCAGAAGUGUGUGAUUGUAGACACACAAGGACAGGGAAACAACCGUAAAAUCACGUCAUUCAUCGGUGGCCUCGACCUUUGCGACGGGCGCUACGACACGCCAGGCCACCGGUUGUUCCAAGACCUCCCCACCGUCUUCAAGGACGACUAUCACAACCCCACCUUCUCUCUAGGAACAAACGGGCCAAGGCAGCCAUGGCACGACCUGCACUGCAAGAUAGAAGGGCCAGCCGCGUACGAUGUGCUCACCAACUUCGAGCAGAGGUGGCGUAAGGCCAGCAAGUGGUCCAAGUUUGGGAAGCGGUUCAAGAAGAUCUCGCAUUGGAAGGACGAUGAUUUGCUAAAGGUCGACCGUAUCUCCUGGAUAACCACCCCUUCAAACAACCUACCCAACGACCAUCCCUCGUUGUGGGAUUCCCAGAAGGAUGAUCCCGAGGGCUGGCAUGUGCAGGUGUUUCGCUCGAUAGGUUCGGGAUCGGUGUAA